GAGGCGGUUUGGGAUUUUCUGUGAAGCAUGGAGGAGAAUGAUUCCAAGCCCAGCGAGGCAGCGGCGGAGGCGCAGAGGCAGCCGGAAUCCAGCCCCGGCGGCGGCUCGGGCGGCGGCAGCAGCCCGGGCGAUUCGGACACUGGCCGCCGGCGGGCUCUGAUGCUGCCCGCGGUCCUGCAGGCGCCAGGCAACCACCAGCAUCCGCACCGCAUCACCAACUUUUUCAUCGAUAACAUUCUGCGGCCUGAAUUCGGCCGCCGAAAGGACACCGGGACGUGCUGUGCUGGUGCGGGCGGAGCUAGAGGCGGCGAAGGCAGCGCUGGCGGUACAGAGGGUGGCGGCGGUGCAAGCGGAGCCGAACAGAUCCUGGGGUCAGGCGCCGGGGAGUCCCGGCCGAACCCAGCAUGCGUGCCCAGUGCCGGAGGGCCGCUCUCCGCCGGUGGCGGCGACUCUGCGGCUGACGGAGAAGGCGGCUCCAAGACACUAUCGCUGCAUGGCGGGGCUAAAAAAACGGGCGACCCAGGCGGUUCUUUGGAUGGGGCGCUCAAGGCCCGAGGCUUAGGCGGCGGUGACCUGUCGGUGAGCUCCGACUCGGACAGCUCUCAAGCCAGCGCCACCCUGGGCGCACAGCCCAUGCUCUGGCCGGCUUGGGUCUACUGCACGCGCUACUCUGACCGGCCUUCUUCAGGUCCCAGGUCCCGAAAACCAAAGAAGAAGAACCCGAACAAAGAGGACAAGAGGCCACGCACAGCCUUCACCGCUGAGCAGCUGCAGAGGCUCAAGGCCGAGUUUCAGACCAACAGGUACCUGACCGAGCAGCGGCGCCAAAGUCUGGCACAGGAGCUCAGCCUCAACGAGUCUCAGAUCAAGAUCUGGUUCCAGAACAAGCGGGCCAAAAUCAAGAAAGCCACAGGCAACAAGAACACUCUGGCGGUGCACCUCAUGGCGCAGGGCCUAUACAACCACUCCACCACGGCCAAGGAGGGCAAGUCGGACAGCGAGUAGGGCAAGC